UAAAUUGCAGGUACUAUUAUUCACCACUCGAUCCAACUUUCCCACCCAAAAAAUCAACCCGACUCGUAGCCCACACCUAGAGUGUAGUCUCUAUCUACCUAAAGUCAAAUUUGAUUUCGCUCUUUUUUUUUACUUCACCAAGGCUUAGAGAGUUAGUUGUGGAAUGUGGAAAUGGCCACGCGAGCCCUGUGGCGCACCGGAAAGAAGCUCGCGUUGGUCUCCACCGCCUUGUGUGCCGGUGGCGCCGGCGCCACCAUAGCCAAGUCGGACGAUCCGGCGACGGCGCUGAAGCUCUUCACCGCCGUCCCUGUCCGCCUCGUACGCGACUCCAUCACCGCCGCCUCCAUCGUCUUCGAUUAUGAAUAUUCACUGUGGGGACUGGAUGAAGGAAGUGUUGAGAAAUCAAAAGUGAAACAUGAGGUUCAUCUUAGGUCGGCGCGUAAACUUGAAGAGCUUUGUUUUAUAAAUGGUGGAAUUUAUAUCAAACUAGGUCAACAUGUUGGUCAAAUGGAUUACUUGGUACCUCAGGAGUACGUAGAGACAUUGAGGGCGUCUAUGUUGAAUAGAUGUCCAGUUUCCUCAUAUGAUCAAGUGUGCCAAGUGAUCAAGAAAGAGCUUGGAGAGUCACCAGAUAAAAUUUUUUCUGAAUUUGAUCCUACUCCAAUAGCAAGCGCUUCCCUUGCACAAGUUCAUGUUGCUCGCACGAUUGAUGGCCAGAAAGUUGCUGUGAAGGUCCAGCACACUCACAUGACCGAUACUGCGGCUGCAGAUCAUGCCACUGUGGAUAUGAUUGUGAACACCAUACAUCGAUUUUUUCCUUCUUUUGAUUACAGGUGGUUGGUUGAUGAAAUGCGUGAAAGUGUACCCAAGGAACUGGAUUUUUUGGUUGAGGCACAAAACAGUGAGAAAUGCUUGGACAACUUCCGGAAGCAAUCUCCUCAUAUUGCGGACUAUGUAUAUGCACCAAAGGUGUAUUGGAAUUUAAGUACCUCAAAGUUGUUAACGAUGGAAUUUAUGGAUGGUGCACACGUAAAUGAUGUGAAGGCCAUUCAAAGACUUGGAAUUCAACCAAAGGAAGUUGCAAAAUUAGUUAGUCAAGCUUUCGCUGAGAUGAUGUUCAAACAUGGGUUUGUGCAUUGUGACCCCCAUGCAGCCAACUUGCUAGUUCGCCCUUUGCCUUCCACCAAAAGGAGCAUUCUGGGAAAAAGAAAACCACAGUUGAUAAUUCUAGACCAUGGGUUGUAUAAAGAACUUGACUUCCAUACAAGAGCCAACUAUGCUGCACUUUGGAAGGCAUUAAUAUUCGCUGAUGCUACUGCAAUAAAGGAAAAUUGUGUGAAAUUGGGUGCUGGGGAGGAUCUAUAUGCACUAUUUGCAGGAAUUCUUACUAUGAGGCCAUGGAAUAAGGUUGUUGACCCAUCUGUUGAUCAUUUGGUCAUAAAAAGCAAUGAUGGUGACCGUUCAGAGCUACAGAUGUAUGCUUCUCAGUAUUUCCCUCAAAUUUCAGAACUCCUGCGGAGACUGCCGCGUGUAAUUCUGUUAAUGCUGAAGACAAAUGAUUGUUUACGAGCAGUUAACAGUUCUCUGUUGCAGGCAUCUUCUCUUCAGACAUUCCUAAUCAUUGGAAAAGUCUCGUCUGAGGCAGUCAUUGAGGCGAAAUCGUUACAAAAUAAAUCAUUAUUAUGUUGGUUGAAUGUCUUUUUGGAUGAAAUCUUGUUGGAAGUUCGACUCUUUGGAAUGCAGAUAGCCUUGUGGCUUUUACAACUCAGGAAGUCUCUUGCUUGGCGGUAAUUCUCUCAUGCAUGCAGUCUAAUGCAGGAGAUCCCUUCCCUCUUGGUGAAGCCAAGGACCAGCAAACACUUUUCUCAAGACUCUGUUGUAAUUUUUUUUUCAUUUUUUUCCCCCAAAAUAGGCUCACACAUUCUUUGUCUCCGUGGUCUCACCCAUUUACUUGCGGGAUUUCUGAGCGCGGAUUGACUAAUGACGUUGAAAUUUUUAUAGCAAAAAAAAAAAAAAAAAAAAAAAGAUCAAAAUACUUUUUUUCCCCUUUUUCUUAGGCACCAAGUUUUGGUGACGAUGUGUUGUUAAACUAAAAAGCCCAUCAAUAAGGCAAGGCGAUUGAUAUUGUAAGAGACAAUAUUUAUUGGGAUUAUUAAUAAGCAAGUGAUAAAAGAAUUUGAAACUA